CAUCACUUGGCUUGCAGCACAUCGUGCAGCCGACUAUCAUCUCAACAUUGUGUGACAAGUAUUUGGCCUGCCCGGCAUCGCAAGCCUGAUUUUGCUCCCCCGUCACACCUCUGGCGGGUGCCGCCGAUCGGCCCUUUGUUGGACGGCACACCACCAAGGACUCGACAUGAUGCGCGCCAGAUGCUAGCUACUACUCCAUCGACGAUCCGAAGCAAGUCCUUAGCGCUUGGUCUCGACCCAACAUGAUGGUGCAUCCGGCUCGCACACCCUCCGACGUGGGCGUGAGUGGUUCGUCGCCAGUCGCAUCAAGCUCGAGGGCUGGUGGAAGUGCUUCACCAGCUGGCGCUGCGAGACGAUCCUACUUUGACUUGUACCCGGAGCGGCGAGGGCAAGGGCCGUAUGUGCCGCCGACUGCCUUGACGCCGAAGCUGUCUCGAAAGGACAAGUCCUCUCCCCGAACGGAUGUGCAGCGCGAGCGAGAGAGGGAAGCAGAGCGCCGGAAAGCGUUGCAAGCUGCCGCGAGCAAAGUCUCCGCCUGGACGCUGGAGCAGCAAAAGGCUCAGAUCGUGGACACGCCGACAUGCUCCGAGGGCCUCAAGAGGUCGACAGGAGCGGCACGCGUCCUGACGCACCAGCCCCGCGAGUGGGACGUCGAUUCACAACAAGCUUUGCCAGGUCAAUCAGGCGGGGUGGAUGCGAGGGCAUUCCUAUUGAAUGCGGGACCCAAUCACCGGGAGCGCAACAAGUUGAGGAGCGGGAAUCUUUCUUCCGCCUCCUCAUCUCACCUGCUCCGCAGCAGCAGAAGUGAAAUAUCGCUGCGGAGCGUAGCCACCAAUCCUAUCACGCCUUCCUCCACUUCAUCUUCUAUCCUGGGCACCUUCGCCGAUCCUCCGGUACCGCCAGACCGCCAUCCCAAUGGUCAGCCCGUCGAGCGCAAGGAUGUUGGGAUGUCGCCCUCGGCCAGUGUAGACCAUUGGAGAAGCUUGUCCUCCAGUCGUAUGGCAGCGAGAGCUACAUCAGAGAAGCGGCGCUCUCCUAGGACUCAGGAUGAGUCUGCCAUCCCUAUGCCAUCUGUGGCGACCCAGGAAGCGGCUCGCGUAUCGCAGGAAUCACAAGAUGGAAAUGUUGAGCGGUCCGCCGAGGAUGUAGCCGCAUAUACGGCAGCUGCUGCCGCCGCUGCUCAACGCAGUCCGGGGGGUUUCCCCGUGAUGAUGUCCUCCGUCACGCGCAGGCGCAGCGCGCAGAAUUUGGCGGCUCUUUCAAGUUCGUCGUCAGUUGAGCAAAUUGCGGUUUCGACCAGCCCACUCGCAGCCCCAGAUCCACCACGUGAACAGCAAAUGCGAGCAUCUCGCGGGAGCGCCGUGAGCAAGCAGCAAGCGCUGCCUGGACGGACGCAGGGCGUCCCAACAGACUGCCGACAACUGAUGCAGCAGAGCAGCAGACUAUCACGAGUGCCCCUGGCUGCUAUCCCAGACUCGCCCGCUCCUUCCAUUAUCUCCAUACCCGAUGAGGUGUCGACAGGAAGCACAACCAGUGAACGCAACGGAUCGCUGUCGACAGAUGCCAAUGCCAGGCUGCCGAGCUCCUCUGCAAUGCCGGAAGCCGUAGCAACUGCAGACCCUGAGGCUACGACGCCGAAGCUGCGACAGUCAGCGUGGGCGCCUCAGGACCAAGAAAAUGGACAAUCGAGGCCUCAGGUGGGCGCGAAUGUGAAUCUGACUGGCCGUGCAUCGUUUUUGUGCCCCACCGCAAGGCUUGACAGGCGCCCCGCACCUCCGAUCAAGGAACAGCCUCUUUCGAUCGAGGAGAUCAUCAGGCGGGGAACGAGUCAGAAGCCUACUCGGCCUGUCACUACACGAUCAACCUCAGCUCGUGCCACCAGCCAAGUGCCCAUGGUACCGGAUUUGGCUCCGGAGCCCUUACCGCCCUUGCCUCCUGUGCGAGCCACAUAUGCGGCUUCAAGCGCCGCAGUAGGCAAAGCAUUACCGCCUUCUGGUGCUACAGCAGCUCGCUUGGCACCUCAGUUGGUGCCGAGCAUAGACGACAUCAUCCGCGGUCAUGCGGCGCAAGCCUGGUCAACACAUGGCAAAACAUCUCUAGCGUCAAGUUUGUCCAUUCCAUCAGCUCCGCCAGGUCAGGCUCGUAGCCUUCCACCUCCCUCGCCGAGCAAUGCUCGGAUAUAUCAAAGCGAAAGCGAGAGCAGAAGCUCGUCAGAAUCGGAAGAGGAUGAUGGCGCAUCGGCAGCCAGUCAUGACUCGGUAUUGAGGGAGGUGCGGGAGUCGCUUCGCGCCGAGCGGCGCAAGGCUCGUAUGGAGAAGGCUGCUGCGAAAGCAGCAGCUCGCAAAGCGGCCGAAGAAGAGGCCAUGCAGCCGGUUGGAGCCCCAAUGCCCAGAUCUGCGCGACGUAAGCUGCAUCACGCUACCUCAUUCCCAACUCGGCCUGUGGGCGAAUUUGGAGAGAUAGGUACUGUGGAUCCGAUGCCGUCAUCCUCAAGACUGUCACGAAGGGCGAGCCGCAAAUCUACGGCUUCCUACGCGGUCGAUGACUCUAUCGCACAAACGGCGGAUCGUACCGCAUCCAAGGCGCCUGGCAAACCGGCCUCGUUCAUCUCCGAGCCAGUCCCGCCAAUGCCCGGUAGAAAAGGCUCGGCGGAAGACAAGCUCAAUACAGACGUCACGCAGUACCUGCGUUCCAGCAGACUGACUCGACUGAUCAAGCUGGAACAAGCACCGUACGCGGGUUUGACAGUUUCUCUCGCAGAUGUCGGUGAUCCAAAUGGACAUCCUGUCAUCGUGUUCCUUGGGCUCGGCGUGGUACGCUACAUUGUCGCACUUUACGAUGACAUGGCCGCUGUGCUCGGCCUUCGACUCAUCUGCAUUGAUCGUUGGGGAAUGGGCAAGUCGGACGAUCUAUCUGCGGAACGUCGAGGCGUAGUAGAAUGGAGCAAUGUGGUGGCAGAGGUCGCGGGCCGACUUGGCGUGUCGAAAUACUCUGUCCUUGGUCACAGCGCUGGUGGACCCUACGCAAUGGCGACGUGCUUGCGCUUUCCCGAGAAGAUUGCGGGUCCUGCGCAUCUGCUCGCGCCUUGGGUCGGCACAAGCGUCGAGAGCGGAUACAAAUGGCUCAAAUACGUGCCAGACAGCGUCAUCAAGACUGCUCAGGCAGCGGAGUGGAAGGUGCAAGGCUGGAAACUUGGGAAGCUGCCAUCUCUAACCUACGAAUCGAUCGGCUACGAUGCUCGUACGAGCGGAAACCGAAGUCCCUCCUACAACGGUGCCAUCUCCCCCCGCACAGACGGUUCGACAAGCGGUUGGCCUGCGAUGCACGGACAGGAGAUGCUCCCUCCAGUCUCGCCCACUGGCACCACAGCAAGCAGCGGAGACAAAAGCUCCGAUCUCAGCAUGCGGGAUUCGUCCAUCCACACGGCCUCCCGCGUUGCCUCUCCUUCGCUACAAGUGCCUUCCACCCCCAUUCUGUCGACGCCGACCAGUGGCGCCUCGAAGGCGCUGCGAUCGAAGCCAGGCCGUUUCAAUGCUUUCCUGGGCGGAAGUGGGAGUAGGGCUUCUUCAUCGCAGAGCGACGCGGACGUGCUCAAGAGUACACCGGACUCUGUGCGCUCAGCGCAGGCACGCGAGGCUGACAGACGAUCUCAAGUAUCUUCGCGGACGGGCGACCGCUCGCCGAUUCCACGAUGGGGUUCUUCUAGUUCUUUGGCGUCGGCGAAGGAGGGGAUGGUCCGGUCGCCUCGCGUGCAAGACCUCAGCGACGCUAUCCGAUCGACUCACAAUGGCUCUCCAAAACUUGUCUACCCCGACGAAGCACCUGUCGUACCACGUAAGGACCGAUCAGCCCGCAGCAGCAUAUUUCACAUGCGGCGAUCGGAGUCCGCCCUCUCUGUACAGGAGGGCGACAUGGCUUGGGCAUCUGCUCCAAACGGCGACGUCAGCUUGGACGUCUCUACAACUUCUUCCUCCCGCAAUAGUGGAAGCUGGGGUCGUAAACGCAACCACGCGAUGCCGAGCUCGAUCAGCACUUCAAGCAUUCGCGACUCUCCUUUGCUGCACGAACGACUCGAAGUCUAUUCACCUGAUUCCACCUCCCCUGCUACCCCGACUUCAGCUCAGAAGGGCCUCAUAGACUUGCCGACGGCAAUUCUGCGAGCAUCACAUGCCGAGUCGCUCAAAGGUGGGGCGGCGGAUCUGCUGACAAUCUUGGGCCGAGCGUCGCAACGACCUUGGGGCUUCACCUACGCCGACGUGCAGCAUCCAACCAUCGUUUGGCAUGGAGACAAGGAUGAGCGCAUUAGUCUUUCUGGAGUGUUGUGGAUGGAGAGAGAAAUGCGGGAGUGCAAGGUAAACAUUGUCAAGGGAGGGACACACAGCCUCAUGACCGACGUCACAACUUUUGUCGAGGCCCUCGAAAGCAUUGCAGCACAUCGCAACGAUUGAAUGCACACUGCAAGCAACCAGCUUCCAGCUUGAUACCCUCUCAGACUCGCAAACAUCAAAAUUGCUCUUUCACCGUCACACGCUCCUUCCUGCUCCAUGCUAUAGAAUGCCACAGCGCCUCAAUCACCUCCCUCAACUUCUUGCUGGCUGGAGGAGUACCUAUACCUGCUCUGCCCCAUUUGAUCGUACGCUCACUGUAGACCCUCCUCCCAUCUUGCCUUCUGCCCCGUCUAAUCGUCCACUCUCUCCUCCCUUAGUCUUUCAAUACGAGUAUACCAUUCCUGCAAUUACGUUGCAAUCUCAGCAGCAGACUUUCAGAGGUGUGCGAGCCAGCACGUGUACAUUCAAGAUCUCAAGGCUUGCUGUUCACUUGAUUCGGCAUCUGCGCACAGCUUCGGGUACCUUGAGGGCGGGCGUUUGCCCGCCCAGAGGUGAGCGCGUCUGCCUCCGUAGAUCUCUCAGUGGAGGCUGAGAC